GACCCGCGCGCGCCACCUAGCAGCUCACAUACUAAUAACACGUAGCAGUAGCAGUUGCAGCAGCAAUUGAUAACACGGCUUCGAUGCAUGGCGGGCGCUGCCGAGGCCUGGCCCUUCGUGGUGCGCGGCGGGCGGGGCCCGCCCACCCCGAGCUCGCUAGCACUGGCGCUCGCUCAUCCUUCGCCAGCUAGCGCGCUCUGCCUUGCACCGUCCUUGGGCCACGCACGCCGCCAGAAGCCUGCAUGGCGGCAUGGACCAUCCUGGCCGUUCACUCCGGAGAUGCUGACAGCCACCGCCGCCGUACGUGCUGGAUGGUGGGCAACGACUUGGCACGGCAACGAUGGCGGCGGCGGCGGCAGGGCGGCGGGAGAGGCGGGCGCCGUGAGCCGCAAGGGGCUCAUCACCAUCAAACCCAACUUUCACAAGCCCUCCGGAAUCGCUGCUGGUGGUGGCGGCGCUGACGGCGGCGGGCCAGCGUCGGUGUCGCCAUCCUACCUCGAACACGCCGCCGCCGCCGCCAGCGGCGGCUCCAUCGCAGGCGCAGCAGCAGCAGCGCCACCGCCGGCACCAGCAAGAGCCCGGGAUCCGCAGGGCACGUGGGCGGAUUCGGACGACGCGGGACGGCGGCUGCGGUACCGCCGGGAUUGCGACCGCGGCCGCGACCGGGACCGGGAGCGCCGCGCCUCUUACCUGGGCGGCCCCGACGGCGCCAGCACAGGCGACUGCGCGGAGCCGCCAACCUCAACAACCGCCGCCGCCGCCAGCGUCGCGCGACUACGAUUCCACAAGUACGCGGCAGUGGCGGCCGCCGCCGCGGCGGCGGCACGGCGCGCCGCCUUUGUGGCGGCGGUGACGGCCGCCGCCAGCACGCACGCCUUCUACGACAUCAAGUUGGAUCUUGGAUCCGAGAUUCCGGACCGGCAGGUGGCGGCGCUGCUGGUGGAGCAUGAGAUGGAGGGGCGGCGGCACGGCUACCUCAGCCUGCUGUACGGCUUCAAGUGGCAGGGCCGCGUGUACAUGAGGAACGGCGAGGAGGUGUCCCCCCUGGACCUGGUGUUCAGUGGGUGGAGCCACGCCCUGCCGCGGGCCGGAGCGCUGGAGCUGAUGGUGGCGGUGCUGCCGCCCGCGCUGUGCCCCUGGCUGGCCAACAGGCACCUGCACUUCAACACAGCCCGGCUGAUGGAAGAGCGACGAGCUGGCGGCGGCGGUGGCGGCGGCGGCGUGUUGUUCAUAUGAGGGUUGGGAGAAGUCCGAUAUGGUUAAGUUGGCGGGUGAUGAGGGCGUGCGAGAGCCAUCCACGAGCAUGUACAGCUGGUGCCUGGUGGUGGCGUUGGGUUUCGCUGCAAUUUUGUGCAUACGGCAUGUCCAGCGUUGUUGAAUGGAGCUUCCAGGUGUACCGUACUGUUGUCGCAUUGCCAUGAUAAGUACUGUCACACAUGUGGAUUGUGGUGGGCGGCGGUAACCCAUGCGAGUCCGAAUGUCCGAACCAGC